CCUGAACGACACAGAGAUUGGGGAACCACUCUGAAGUUUUAGACGAGACGCUGCUGUGGAUACUUCUGAAUUCUGUUCUUCAAAGAUGUAAUGGAUUAAAUGUUGGGAUCUUUGAGGAGAGCAUGUGUCUGAAUCUGAAGUCAACUUGGGACAUAGCUGAGCCUUCUGGAAACGGGAGGCAUUGCUUCUUACCUCGAAGAGAGAUCGCAAGUGCAGAAUGUAUGUUGACGGUCGUUCCCUGCGACUGAUGCGAGACAUUUUUCCUGCAGAGGUUGGACUGUCUUGCCCGCGUGAAUAACUCCCACUGAUUACACUCCUGGACAGCUUAUCAUAAGAAGAGGCUGACAAGGAAGCAGCGAUGGAUGUGUUUGGAGGUGCACCGCGUUUCUUGGCCUAUCCAAGACCUGUGGUGGUACAAAGCGGAACUGAUGCAGUCCUAAAGUGCCAAAUUGGUGGGGAUCCCAGGCCUGCAGUUAUCUGGGAGCGAAACAAUGAAAAGAUUGACCCACAAGGACGAUACAGGGUCUUCGAGGACGGAAAUGUUUACAAUCUUAUUAUUUCAGCCGUCACCACUGAGGAUAGUGGCCAGUACAUUUGCAAAGCAAAGAACAGCAUUGGGGAAACAUAUGCGGCGGCCACACUCAAGGUGGAAGGUGAGGCACAAGAGAUGGAGUUGAGAGAGGAAAAUAAGCCACGAUUCCUCAUCAAGCCCCUCUCUACACGCGCUGGUCGAGGGGAGGAUGCCGUCUUCUCUUGUAAACUCUGGGGAAACCCAAGACCCGAGGUUGUCUGGGAAAAAGAUGGCAGAAAACUCAAUGAAAUAUUUGAAAGCACACAUUUUAGUGUUGGCUACCAGGACGGUGGAUGGUUCCAGCUCAAGAUCUUUAAGACUCGUGCACCUGAUGGCGGUGUAUAUACGUGCAAAGCAAGGAAUGAGUGUGGGGAAGCUUUAGCUGGAGCUGUGUUGCUCGUUGAUGCAGGCCCAGGACACGAGGAAGAAGGAAAUCGCAAUGGCUACACAAAUGGCUCCUGGAAAACCCACCAGGGAAAACAAAGAAGUGGGAGGCAAGUGCCAAAUCGGCUCAAAGAUGACACCAUGACCAAGUCAACUAAAGUGAAAAUGUUUGCAGUGACAGAGGGCAAACAUGCAAAAUUCCGCUGCUUUGUGACUGGGAAACCCAAACCGGAGAUCAUUUGGAGGAAAGAUGGCAGACUGAUACUCUCUGGAAGGAGGUAUUUGUUAUACGAGGACAGAGAGGGAUACUUUACACUUAAAGUUCUGUAUUGUAAGCAGAAGGAUAAUGGAGUUUAUGUUUGUGCUGCUUCAAAUACUGCGGGCCAAACCCUCAGUGCCGUACAUCUCUCCGUAAAGGAGCCGCCUGUGCGGUUCAAGCAGCCCCUCAUUGAUCUAGAGGUAUGGGAACGAGAUUUGGCAAUUCUUGAGUGUGAAGUUCCAGAGGACUCUGUUUCCAUCACAUGGUAUCUGGAGGAUAGACGACUGCAGCCAGGGGCCAAAUAUGGAAUGGAGGAGUGGGGAACAAAACGGCGAUUAACUAUCCGUGACAUCGGAGUGGACGAUGACGGGAUUUACCUCUGCGAGAUGCCUGAUGGGGGCAGAAGCAUUGCAGAGGUUGCUGUGAAAGGGACAAUUUUGCGCAAGCUUCCAAGAAAAGUGGAUGUAUUGGAAGGCGAAAAUGCUGCCUUUUGUGUUGAAGUUGAAAAAGAAGAAAUGGACAUACAUUGGUACAAAGAUGGUGUAGAGCUCCGUGAAACACAUCAGACCAUCCUGAAGUCCUUUGGUCGCACUCACAUCCUGGUUUUCGUCAACACAAUGCCUCCGGACUCAGGCCUUGUGACUUUCCUUGUAGGCAAAUCCAAGACUUCCUCUCAGCUAAGAGUGAAAGCUGCAAGACAUUGUCCUCCCAGUUGUCCGGUGGGUGUGCAAAUCAACACAGAGCGUGCUAAUGCAGCUCUGCUCUCAUGGGUUCCUGCUCAGGACUCACGAAAGAACCCUCCAUCUGGAUAUGUGCUUGAGCGACAGGAAGUGGGCACUGGCUCACAGGAGUGGCUACAGUGCCUGACUACUGACUCUGCAACAGCUGUGGAGAUCCUUGGUGACAGCGUGCCAUGUGAAGCUGAUUAUCGAUUUCGUAUUUGCAGCGUAAACAAAUACGGAAAGAGCAACAAUGUUGAGUUCCCCAGGGCUGUUCACUUAGUCCCAGUUGCAAGAAUACAAGCUCCUUUACAAGACGCAUUGGUGCCAGAGGGCCAAGACGCUCUCUUCUCUAUUGAGCUCUCGGCUUCAGUUAUUGGUACAUGGUUCUUAAAUGGUACUCAGCUCCAGGAGGAUGACCGUUGUUCAAUGCGUCGAUCAAGAACUCACCAGUCUCUUCGAAUUCGAGGAGUACGUGAUACAGACAAUGGAGCUGAGAUCACUUUUAUUGCCUACGGCAUCCGGGAUUCUGCAGCACUUUACAUUCAAGCUCCUCUUGUCAAGUUUUCACCCAUGUCAGAAAUGGAUCGAAACAAAUUUGUAGAAGUUGGGAACCCUAUUGUACUCUACUGUGAGCUGUCAGACCCUGCAGCUCCAGUGAACUGGUACAAGAAUGGGGUUGAAUUACAAACAAUAGAGGGUCUUCAUAUCCAAUCAGAGGGCACCAUGAGAAGAAUUGUCAUCCAAUCAGCAGAAUUCUCACAUUCUGGAGUUUAUUGCUGCGACGCCAUUGAUGAUGUCAUCAGGUUCAAUGUGGAAGUAGAGGCACCACCGGUGACAUUUUCUGAAAUCCCGGAGGAGGACCUCUUCAAGAGUGUUGUGGAACAAGAAGAGCUUGUUCUGUCUUGUGAAGUAUCUAGGGCUGAUGGUGUUGUCCAGUGGUACAAAGACGGAAUUGAGAUGCAACAAAGCAAUAAUAUCACUAUCAAAGCAGAAGGCACCCAAUGGAAUCUCACAAUCCAUCAAGCCCAAUUGUCUGAUACAGGCACAUACUCUUGUCGUGCAGGCGACAAUGUUUUGCUGUUCAAGGUGAAUGUACGAGAGCCUCCAGUCAUGAUCACUUAUCCUAAGGAGGAUGUCCAUCUUGAUCGUCAUGUCCCUGAGGAAAUUAUUCUAAGCUGUGAAUUGUCUCGUCAAAACGGUGCCGUCAGCUGGUACAAAGAUGGUCAAAAGCUGCAAGAGAGCGAGAACAUAAAACUCAAGGUUGAAGGCCCUUAUCGACGUCUGAAGAUUAUUUCAAGUGGAGUUGAGGAUUCUGGGGAAUAUGUCUGUGAUACAGCCGACGAUUCAAUAUUCUUUCAUCUAACUAUUACAGAACCUCCAGUGCGCAUUGUGUCCCCAAGUCAGUCCCAAAUGGAGCUGUGCCAGCAGACCUCUGAGAGGAUGGUACUGAGCUGUGAGAUCUCCCGGCCUAAUGCAGUGGUGCGCUGGUAUCGAGACGGACUUGAAGUGGAGGAGAACGACAACCUCAUUCUCGAGGUGGAUGGUGUCUACAGAAGACUUAUAAUACCUGAAACUACAGUCAAAGAUUCAGCCGAAUACGUCUGUGAUACAGCAGAUGACUCCAUGACUUUCUUUGUCAACAUAGCAGAGCCUCCUGUCCGCUUUGUACGUCCAAGGAAGAUGGCAAGUAGAGUGGAGAAGGUGGCUGGGGAGGCUCUUGUUCUAGACUGUGAAGUUUCCAGAUCAAAUGCAGAGGUCAGCUGGAAGAGGAAUGGGGAAGAAGUCGAAGAUUCCAGAAAUAUCACCAUCCUUGAGGAUGGAGUCAUUCGUCAAUUAACCAUUCACUCACUCGUACUUGAGGAUGCUGGGCAAUAUGUCUGCGAUGCAAAGGAUGAUGUGAUGGAUUUCCAAGUAAAAGUGCAAGAGUUGCCUGUAAAAAUUGUUGGCAAAACCGAUGCAAAAACAGAAAAGCAGUUCUUAGUAUCAGAUGACAUUAUUCUUGUAUGUGAACUAUCAAGAUCCAAUGCCUCUGUCAGCUGGUACAAAGAUAAUCAAUUAAUUGAUGAAACUGAACGAUACUGUAGCGAGGAGCAAGGCGUUUUCCGAUCACUGGUUGUCCUUAAUGCUGGACUGGAAGACUCAGGAGAGUACAUCUGUGAUGCAAAGGAUGAUAAGAUGGUCUUCUAUAUCACUGUUAAAGAACCUCCAGUGCAGAUUAUUGGAAACUCAGGCAACCCAGAGCAUCACAUUCUGGUGGCAGGAGAUGACCUUACUCUGGAGUGUGAGGUGUCUCGGCCCAACGCCUCUGUGCAGUGGUUGUGGAAUGGCGAUAUACUGAAACCAGACACUCGAAUAAAAAUUGAAAGCCAUGAUGUUGUGAGGAAACUUGUUCUCUCUGGACUUCAGCCCUCAGAUUCUGGAAAAUACAUUUGUGAUGCCGUCGAUGACAAAUUGAUAACAAUUGUCGAGGUCCAAGAGCUCCCUGCUAAGUUUGUGAAUAAAAAUGAAAGUAGUAAAAUCUCAGCUUAUGAGAAUGAGAGUGUCACACUGUGUGCCACUGUGAGCCGUGAAAGAGCUAAUGUCCGGUGGCUAAAGGAUGGCCAACUGCUGAACCAGGACAACAUUCACAUCUCCAGUGAGGGUAUUACCCACAAGCUCACCAUUAAUCCCCUGCAGCUGUCAGAUUCUGGAGAAUAUGUCUGUGACGUAAAUACGGAUGAGAUGUAUUUCAGUCUUUUAGUAAAAGAAAUGCCAGUGAAAUUCAUCAGACCUUUGGAGAACAUAGUGUCUUUGAAGGACAGUAGCCUAAUAUUACGUUGUGAGAUCAACAAGCCCAAAGGAGAUGUCCAGUGGCUAAAAGACGGCCAAGAGAUCCCACCCAGCCGCCGGCACACCAUACGGGCACAAGCUCGAGAGCGAAGCUUUACUAUCCACCAACUACAGGAGGAAGAUGCAGGAGAAUAUGCCUGUGAAUCCACAGAUGACAGGACCUCAGCCACUGUCACUGUAGAAACUCCCUGCCUUGUUGAGUUUAUAGCGGAGCUCCGUAACACCACGGUCCGUGAAGGAGAAGACGCAGUAUUUAAGUGUGUGGUCUCACCAGAGGACACUCAGUUGGUGUGGCGUCUAAAUGGCAAGCAAGUAGCUGUGAAUGAGCGCACUCUCAUUUCAAGUAAUGGACUAUGCCACAUGCUCUGCAUCUACAACUGCAGGGUUUCAGAUAGCGCCAGAGUGACAGCUGAUGCCGAGGGGUUGGUAUCAGAGGCAGAACUCCAGGUUCAAGAGCAACAGGUGUUGUUCACCAAGAAAAUGGCACCGCUUGCAGCUGAAGAGUACAGUGAGGCCACUCUAGAGGUGGAGGUGAGUGUGGAUUCUGGCGAGGUGCAGUGGAUGAGGCAAGGGGUGCUGAUCCACCCGGGAGCCAAGUACACCCUGAAACACAAAGGCCGAACACACAGCCUCCACAUCCACACACUGGCCACGUCUGACCGGGGCACCUACAGCUGUGAAACCCUCCAUGACCGCACGCAAGCCCAGCUCACAGUGGAACCUCGAAAAAUCACAAUGAAGAGAGGGCUGACUGACAUUAAAACCACAGAGAGAGAAACAGCGUCUUUUGAAGUGGAGCUGUCCCAUCCAAAUGUUCCAGGCACCUGGACAAGAAACGGAAUCAAACUGAAGCCGACAAAUCACUUCCGUAUGAGUGCCAAAGGACCAGUCCACAGCCUCACCAUCUCUAACCUUUCAGUAGAGGACACUGGCAGUUUUAUGUUCUGUGUAGAGAAUUUGAAGACAACUGCAAGACUUGUUGUGAAGGAGCCCCCCGUGACCAUCUUCAGAAAACUGGAAGACCAGAAAUUCCCUGAUGGGGCGAUAAUCUCCAUUGAGUGUGAGCUUUCAAGACAUAAUGUCGAUGUGAAAUGGCUGAAGAACGGGGUCGAGGUUAAGCCGGGCAAGGACUUGCGCAUUUAUGCAAUGGGAAGGAAACGUUUUCUUCAGGUCAUGAAAUGUAAUGUCAGUGAUUCUGGAGUGUACACCUGCGAUGCUGGAGAUGUAACUACGUCCUGCACUGUGGAGGUCUAUGAGCGUGAGCUACAGAUCCUACAUGGUCUUGAAGACCUGGACAUCCAGGAAGAUCAGAAUGCAGUGUUUGUCUGUGAGAUCUCAGUGGAGGAUGUGCCAGGAGAAUGGUACAAAAACGGGGAGAGGAUACAGUCCACCAGCACCGUCAAGAUCCGCCAGGAAGGGACCAAACAUUUUCUUCUUAUGUGCAAUGUGCGAGCAGAGGACUCGGGAGAGAUCCAGUUUGUCGCCAGACAAGUUGAAUCUGUCGCUCACCUGGGGGUGGAAGAGCUCCCAGUCAACAUAGUCAAACCUCUGCAGGAUAAGACGGCCCUUGAGAAGACUCGGGUGCUCCUGGAUUGUGCUGUAUCAAACCCUAGAUGUAGCAUCCGCUGGUACAAAGGCAGCAACGUCAUCCUGCCAUCUGAGCGAUUUGAGAUCUGCAGUGAAGGCUGUUACCGCAAACUAAUCAUCCAGGAGGUGGCGCAACAUGAUGAGGGCACAUACAGUGUACAGGUUGGAGAGCAUACAUGCUCUGCAAAACUGACCGUGGAGGCCCAGUCCCUGCAGAUGGUGCGGGAGCUGAAGGAUGUGGAGGUCAUGGCCCCGAAUGAGGCCUGCUUCGAAUGUGAGGUGUCAGUCCCGGUCCUCAAAGCCCCGGUGUGGAGUCUGAAUGGGGAGCCCUUACAGGACAGUUCCCAGGUUAGCCUGGAGAAGAUGGGCACGGUCCACAGGCUGACCCUCAGACAAACCUCCCUGGACAUGAGUGGAGAAGUGGAGUUUACCUACGGGAAAGCAAAUAGCCGAGCACAGCUUCGAGUACUUAGUGAUCCGUGAGUGACAUCUCCAAUCUGUCAUCGCCUGAUCGACACUGAUUGAUGCUUUUAAGUUGUGACAUUGACAUUGAUUCUAUAUCUACAAACAAGAAUGUCUAUAAAAGUGGUUUAAACAGGGUUGUGAUGAAUAUCAUGCAGUUCAAUUAACUGAGGGAGUGUUGUUGUUGUUGUUGUUGUUUGUUUUUUUUGCGUACAAGGAAGUAAGAUCUGACUGUAGAAAAAUGUGUCAUUGUUAGAGUGUGCGGAUGUUUUUCACAGUUUCUUAAUCAUAAUGCAACGUGCAGUUAAGAUGUAAAUAAUGUUCUGUGUGUACGUGAACUGACUCGAACUGUGCUGUGAAAGUUGACGCUAAAAUGUGUUUUCGUGACAAUAAAUAUUGGAUUUAAAUACUUUAAAAACCUAAAGACGCACUGAUAUAAUCAAAUUACAGUUUGACUGAAGAGUUCAAUAAAGUCAGAUAUGGAAAUAACCUAAUGAAUAGUGCCAUGUCUGAAUACAUAUGUACUUAAACAGAUUUAAAAAACAUGGCGUUUGAAGUGUAGAGGUGUUUUGUAAUACCAUUCGGGUCUAGUCCACUCUAUUUGCUCAUCAUUUUGACAAAAUCAAACAAAAGAAAAAAGCAGGAAAAAAUAAAAAAAUUUCACCAGAUGCAAUUUAGACCUCUGUCAUGACCUUUGAACUGAUCAUUUUUUUGUCUAUGUUAUGUAAUAGUAUUAAUGAAAAGAGGAAACACAAGUCAUAGUCAAAUCGGAUGUGCAUAAUUGUGCAACAUCCUUAGUGGUAUAAUCUGAUUUGCACUUGGUAUGCUUUUAAAGUCUUCUUGGUGACGGUGUGUCAGACUCCAGAGGUUAGGGCAUAAUGUUUCAAUUGACAUGUAUGCAUGUACAAUUUACAUUUAGCUUUAGGCUGUAGUCAGGAUCAUCUGGUUACUUUUAGCCGUUUAAGACUAUUUAAAUAAUUUGUUCUUUUUUGUAUUGAUGAAACUGUAGCGAGGGGCUUGUAAUGUAAAUACAUCGGGCCAAAAAAAUUGGGAAAUCAAGGAAAGAAUGAGUCUAAAAAUAACUUGAUCAGUUUGACUUGACACUGAUGAUCAGGGUGUUAGCUUCAAUGUGUUGUGUUUGAACUAAACAGCGACUGACACUUGUUUUCAUAUCACAUCUGUUCCAUUUUCCAUCUUUCCAUUUGACUUGUUUUCACCUCUGCCAUGUCGUGUCACAUGUUCAAAACGCCUUCAAAAAAAUGUGGUGACUUAUGAUCUGUUUCAAUAAAACAUGCUUUAUUGACACAA